AUGACCACUACUGGUACCGUUCGUGCACCGAUCAUAUUCUCACGGUCAUUGGGCUUCCAAAGCUCCCAUGUAAAUACACACCUUCAACGGAACUUCCAAAGAGGCCUCGUUCCUUCCAAGACAAGUAUACGGCCUCUACAUUCCUCAUCGCACGCAGAUCCGCCUCGAGCCGCUUCAGCAAUUCCUCACAUCUCGUUACACAUAUCUGCUUCAUCAAGCGGAAAGGGUAACAAAUAUCGUCCGCAGGCGAGCACCUUUGAUUUUCAUCCCAGCAAUGUCGGCGGGCUAGGCUUUCAACGCGGUUCCACGUUACAGGAGAAGAGAUCUCACAGACCAGACAGUGGACAAGAUGCAUACUUUGCUUCACGGGUUGGAAAGGACUCGAAUGUGACCGCAUUCGCCAUUGCGGAUGGGGUCGGAGGCUGGACCGAACAUGGAGUUGAUCCUGCCGACUUUUCUCAUGGUAUUUGUGGUUAUAUGGCGGAAACGGCACUGGAGUGGCCGUUAGACGAGCGACUCGGUCCGCAGCAAUUACUAGAAAUCGGCUAUCAGAAGGCCAUCGCGGAUCCCACCAUUCGAGCAGGCGGCACCACUGCUUGUGUUGCGGUUACAGACGGCGACGGUCGAAUGCGUAUAGCGAAUUUGGGUGACUCGGGCUUCUUACUACUCAGGCUUGGGGCAGUUCAUCAUUACUCCAAUCCCCAGACCCAUGCAUUCAAUACACCUUAUCAAUUGAGCAUCACCCCUCCAGAAAUCUUAGCCCGAGCCAUGGUAUUCGGCGGCCUCCCCCUCAAUGACAAAUCUGAUCGGGCAGAUCUGGCCGAACACAUGCUUCGACACGGCGACGUGCUAGUACUUGCAACAGAUGGCGUCUGGGACAACCUGAGCUCAUCUGACGUUCUAACCGUUGUCUCAAACCAAAUGCGAGCAACCGGUGCGUGGCUUCGGAAUCGCGAUCAGGGGCUAUCGGUUUCUCCGGUGCUACCGGAAUUAGUAGACAAGUCGCUGGGUCCUCAAAAGCACAAAUUGCCAGGAACAUUGCAGAGUGUCGUUGCUGCGGCCAUCACUGGUGAAGCAAAAGCGGCUAGUAUGAACAAAAAGCGCGAUGGACCCUUCGCGAAGGAGGUCCAGCAGGCUUUCCCGUUUGAUCCUUGGCACGGUGGAAAAGUGGACGAUAUCACUGUGAUGGUUGUCAUUCCUAUCGAUGAGAGCAAGGCAGGUGAGAAGACAUCUCAGCUGAAGGCCAAGCUGUGA